AUAAAAGGACCUGUAAGUGUGUCUAACUCUACGGUGCGCAAACAUCCACAGUCCUACAACCAUGGGAAAGAUCGUCUUCUACGAGGGCCGCAACUUCCAGGGCCGCCACUGGGAGUGCAGCAGUGACUGCAUGGACACCUUUAGGCACUUCAACUACUGCAACUCCCUCCGUGUCAGCGGCGGCCACUGCGUGCUCUACGAGAAACCUCACUACAUGGGAUACCAGUAUAUUCUCAGCCCUGGCGAGUACCCUGACUACCACUGGUGGAUGGGCUUCAACAACUGCAUCCGCUCCUGCCAGAUGUUCCCUCCUUAUAGGGGAUCCUACAGGAUGAGGAUCUACAACAGGCCAGACAUGAUGGGACACUCAAUGGAGUUUAUGGAUGACUGCCCCAACGUGUAUGACCGCUUCCGCUACCGUGAUAUUUUCUCCUGCAACAUCAUGGAGGGUUACUGGAUCUUCUACGAGCACCCCAACUACAGGGGACGCCAGUAUUUCCUUCGCCCUGGAGAGUACAGGGCCUGUGGCGACUGGGGCUGCCACAAUCCCAUGGUGGGCUCAUUCAGGAGAAUGAGGACUCUCAUGUAAACUGCACCCGUGUGCAUCUCAAAUGAACAUUAAACACAAAACUUUAAAAUAA